AUGGGAAAUGGUUGGCAUUCUUUCUUCCUAAAGGCACAGGGAGGGGAAAGAGAGAGAGAGAGAGAGAGAGACGUACACACACACACACACACACACACAUCCCACAGCGAGGGAAGAGGCAGGGAGCUAGCAAGGCAGAGAGGGACUGGGAUCUGCCAGGGUACAGCCAGCAUGUUGGUCCUCAGCUUGCUUGUCUGGGGAUCUUACCUGCAGCUUUUCUUCUGCUUUGCUUUCUCUCAGACCACGUACGUUGACAAUGACUUCUCAGUUUCAGCAGAUCUCCCUUGUUUGGAACAGAAGAAACAGCUCAAGCGGAGAGCGUGCUGCCUCCUCAUCCCUCCUCCACCACCCCUGUUUCCACCACCGCAAUUCAGGCACAGCUGGAGCACUAAGCUGCUUGCCCUGGAAAUGGAAGAGUUAUGUAAGGAGCUCAAGAUGAUACAGGCUUCCUCUCGGCCUGAAUCCUAUUGCCUUUCAGGGCCUCCUGGCCCCCAGGGUCCACGAGGAAUUCCUGGUAUAAUGGGACCAAAAGGGGAGAAAGGGGAGAUUGGCAGGCCAGGAAGAAAGGGUAGACCAGGUCCCCCAGGUGUCCCUGGGAUGCCAGGACCAGUAGGAUGGCCUGGACCUGUGGGGCCGAAGGGUGAAAAGGGAGAGUUGGGUGUGAUGGGAUUGCCAGGUACAAGAGGACCAAUGGGCUCCAAGGGUUUUCCUGGAACUAGAGGAGAAAAGGGAUCCAGAGGUGACAGAGGUGACAAAGGAGUCAAAGGAGACCAGGGAGACAUAGGCUUCCCUGGAAUGCUAGGACAAAAAGGAGAGAUGGGCCCGAAGGGACAAUCUGGAGUACCAGGACACAGAGGACCCAUAGGAAGACCUGGAAAGCGAGGCAAACAAGGACUAAAGGGAGACACUGGACCUGCAGGUGUUAUGGGUCCACCUGGAAGACCUGGUCCUUCUGGCCAGCCAGGCCCCCCUGGACCUUCAGGAUCAGGGCAAUUUGCAAUAGGACCAAAAGGGGAAAGAGGGCUUCCAGGGCCUCCAGGGAGGUGUCUCUGCAGAUCCCCACACCCUGUGAAUAACCCUUCAUAUGAGGAAUCUGUGUUUGGACACAGUCAUCCAAAAGUCCCUGCGAUUUUUGUGGUGAAUAAUCAAGAAGAACUGGACCGACUAACCACCGAAAAUGCCUUAGCUUUCAGGAGAGAUCAGAGGUCUUUGUAUUUCAAGGAUACCUUUGGAUGGCUUCCAAUCCAGAUCCCCCCUCUCUAUCCCGUGGAUUACGGCUUUGGGGACGGAGGCACCUGUGGCGAUGGGAUCGUGCAGGCUGGGGAGGAGUGCGACGACGGCAACGCGGUGGUGACGGACGACUGCAUCAGAUGCCGCCGUGCUUACUGUGGAGAUGGUUACAGACACGAUGGGGUUGAAGACUGUGAUGGGAAGGAUUUUGGAUAUUUGACAUGUAGAACAUAUCUCCCUGGGUCUUAUGGAAAAUUGAGAUGCACUUCCUACUGCUACAUUGACUCUACACAGUGUCGAUACUUCACAUGA